AUGUCGUCAUUAACUAUGACACCUUAUCAGAAUUUGCAAGCUGAUGAAAAAAGUAAUAAUUAUGAACUACGUAAAGCAUAUCGUGAACGAAUUCUUGAAUUUAAAAUCGAUCGACAAAAAUCACCUGAAAAUCGUCAAAUUACAUCUGAAAAAUUUCGACAAAUUUGCCGUGCUUAUGAAACGUUAUCCGACCAUGACAAACGACAACAAUAUACUGAUCGAAAAGAAUGGAUUUCUGAUUUAUCUAUCUCGAAAUAUACAUUUCAACAAUUAGCAGCCGAACCUGAUCUUAUAUUAGAAUUAAAACAACAAUUCAAAAAUGCUAAAUUAAGACAAAUGAACGCUCAAGAUCUAGUAACAAAGCAAACGCCAUUAUAUUGUGCAGCACGUGUUUGUAAUAUUGAUGCUGUAAAUUAUUUAAUUGAACAAGAUGUCAAUCCUGAUUUAAUACAACGAACAGGAAGUACACCUUUACAUGCAGCGACAUUCUUUGGACAUGAAGAAAUCGUAAGAUGUCUAUUAGAAAGUGGUGCUAAUUAUGGAAUAAAAAAUAAAUCUGGUAAUUUACCUGAACAAGAAUCUUAUAAUAAUAAUGUUCGAAAAGUUUUUAUUGAAUUAAAACAAACAUUAUUUGUACGAACAGCUAAUAAUCAGCUUGAAUGGUUUAAAAAUAAUAUUAAUAAUAUUUCAAAUCAUAUUGAUUUACAAUAUUAUAUUCAACGACAAACAUUACUUCAUUGUGCAUGUAAAAAAGGUUAUUUUGAUCUUGCGAAAUGUUUCAUUGAACAAUAUUCAGCUAAUCUCGAUUUAGUUGAUAUUAAUUUAAAUUCAGCUCUUCAUCUUGCGACACAUAAUGGACAUACAGAAAUUGUUAAAUAUCUUCUUAAUAAAGGUGCUAAUUCAACUUUAAUUAAUAAAUGGGGUAUGACAGCUGAACAAGAAAGUAUUGUACAUGAUACGCGAGUAAUUGAAUUAUUUCGAUCUAUACGUGAAAAAAAUAUGUUUGAAAUGGCACGAAAUGGUAUAGUUUGGUGGUUUGAAUAUUAUUUUAAUGAUCAUUCACCAAAUGAAAUUGAUAGUAAUGGUACAAGUUUACUUUAUGUCGCAUGUCGUUUUGGUCACACAUCUGUUGCAAAAUGGCUUUUAGAUAAAGGUGCAUAUAUAAAUGUACAGCUACGUGAAAAACGUAGUACACCAUUGCAUGGCGCUGUAUUUCAUGGUCAUUUAUCAACAGUUGAAUUAUUACUUACACGUGGUGCGGAUAUUAAUAUUAAAAACCAAUUUGAUGCGACAGUUUUCGAUGAAGUUAAACGAGAUGAUAUAAAAAAAGUUUUAAAACUGUAUCGAGAUAAUUUAGCUGAUGAUAAAAUUCUUUCUGUACAUUUAUUUGGUGAUGGAAAAAGUUCAGGCAAUGAACCAUUAGUAAAAGUACAAUUACAUUAUGAUGCGACAAUUAAUGAUCUAAUUAAAGCAAUACCAGAUCCAUUAUGUAAUGAAUAUCGAUGGUUUUCAAUUGCUCGAAGUCCUUUAGAUUUUGAUUAUGAAAAAACGACAUUAAUAUCAGCUGUAUGUCGUGCUCGUUAUGUCAACAUAAAAUUUAUAGAUUUACCAUUAUGUCUUAUAGGUUAUAAUUCACCACGCUAUAUAAAUAGUGGUUAUACAGUAAGAAAUGAAUGUCCUAGUCUUAAUUUACGUACUUUACAUAAUGCAUUUCGUUUAUCACGUAACAAAAGAUUACUUCAUAUUACAGCGAAAUUAAAUGAGCAACAAAAAUUUACUGUUAAAAAUUUAUUAUUUAGUUUUGCUCCUAAUUGUGCUGAUAGUAAUAUUUCAAUUGAGAUUAAUAAUAUUUUUCCACCGGAUAUUGAACAAUUUCAAUUACCUGAAAGUAUUUGUAUAUUUCAAACAACGUAUAGAAAUCAACAUGAUAAAUUAAAAGAUAUGCCAACUGUGACAAUCUCUAAUGAAUCGAAUAUAAAAUUGUAUACAUGGUUUUCAAAUUCUGGAUAUUGGUUUUCUCAUAGUAGUCAACAUAAUCGUUUACCUCGUAUUGGUGGCAUACAUGCUCUUAUUCGUUCAGUUGAAAUUAUUCCUAAAUCACUCUAUCUUCUACCGGAUAUGUUUAUUCAAGCUACUGCUGGACAACUAUUUCAAGCACGUCAAAUUCCAGUAGCCUGUCUAUAUUUAAAAAUAUGCGAUCCUGAUUUACAACAUUUUCCACAUAUAGCUUAUCAUGGUACCUCUAUUAAUGCUAUACAAUCGAUACUUAUGGAUGGACUUGUAAUGCCAAGUACAGUUGUCUCUAGUGGUUUUCGGGCCUGUCCACCUUCGAAUCAUAUAGCACGAGGGACAGUAGCUUUUGGGAUUUCGGAUUUUGCCAAUGCAAUAUUUGUUAGUCCAAGUAUACAUUAUUGUUUAGAUUCAGUCUAUGCUGUUACAUUUUCCUAUGAUGAUCAACGUAUGAUUGCUGUACUAGAAUGUCGAGUAAAGGAAAAUGAAUUUUGUACUUUUCCAUGUACUGUAAAAGCAUAUGUGGCACAUCCAGACGAUGAUUUAAAAGCUAUUGAGUGGCGUAUCACAAGUCCAGCAGCUAUUCAAAUAACUGGCAUCCUAUUCAUUCCAGUAAUCAAGUCACGAAUAGAAGCUGCACGUUUACGAGCUGAUAAAUUAGAAGUAAAUCCGAAUGAUCUGAAAUAA